GAGGCCUUUCUGUACCCUGUGUCUACUGUAUUGAGAUCAGAUUCGUGCCUUUGUGCGCAACGACACAACCCUAAUGGCUUCAUAGCAGCUGUAGAAUUCCGUUGUUCUGCACCAGGAACGGGCCAGUCCUGUUCGAGCUUACAGCUCGUCUCCAAAUGCGACCGGGACUGGCAGGCAUAGCGGCGGAGAUGCUGAGCGGUGUCACCGGCAGGGCCAGGCCGAGAAUCGGCAGCCUCUUACUGACUCCCGCAACCAAAACAUUACCGGCGCUGCAGUCAGGCACCGGGAAUCACAGAUUCCGGUCCACAUCAUCAGCACAGGGUGUCUCAGAACUGGCAAGAGAGCGGUCGAAGACUGUCACUUCCUUUUACAACCAGUCCGCCAUCGAUGUUUCGGCAGAGAAGGCCUCAGUGCGGCUGACCUUAGCGACCCUCCUGUAUUCUGGGAAGUCUCCUGAUGGACACCACAUCUUGAGCAGUGCCAAGUACCUUCACAAGGAGUUGCCUGUGCGGAUCGCCCAUCGCAUCAAGGGCUUCCGCAGUCUGCCCUUCAUUAUCGGUUGCAACCCGACCAUUCUUCAAGUGCAUGAGCUGUACAUCAGAGCCUACCACAUGCUCAGCGACUUUCCCCAGAUCAAGGACCAGGAGGUCGAGGCUCGUUUCUGUAAACUGGUGCAGCAGCUGCUGGACGACCACAAAGACGUGGUGACCAUGCUGGCCCAGGGCUUCAGGGAGUGUCGACGACACAUCCAGGAUGAGACCAUCAUCAGGAACUUCUUGGAUACGACGCUGUGUUCCCGUCUGGGAAUCCGAAUGUUAGCCACACACCAUCUGGCUCUUCAUGAAGAAAAUGCGGAUUUUGUGGGGAUCAUUUGCAGACGCCUUUCUCCUAAAAAGAUCAUCGAGAAGUGGGUGGACUUUUCCAGGCGUCUGUGUGAACACCAGUACGGUAACUCUCCCCGGGUCCGGAUCAACGGACACGUGGCGGCCCGGUUCCCCUUCAUCCCGCUGCCGUUGGACUACAUCCUGCCAGAGCUGCUCAAGAACGCCAUGAGAGCCACCAUGGAGAGCCACCUGGACACUCCGUACAACGUCCCCGAUGUGGUCGUCACCAUCGCCAACAACGACAUCGACUUUGUCAUCAGGAUUUCAGAUCGUGGCGGCGGCAUCCCUCACAAAAUAAUCGACAAGGUGAUGGAUUACCACUUCAGCACUGCCGAGGAGAGCGUGCAGGACCCCCGCAUGAGCAACCUGUUCAACACCAUCACUAACAGCGGGAACCAGUCCAGCCCAAUGCACGGAUUUGGUUUCGGCCUGCCCACAUCCAGAGCCUACGCAGAGUACCUCGGCGGCUCCCUGUCUGUACAGUCCAUGCAGGGCAUCGGCACCGACGUCUACCUGCGUCUGCGCCACAUCGAUGGCAAAGGAGAAAGCUUCAGAGUGUAAAAGUGGCUCCCUGUAGGUCCAAACGAAGGAAUCAGGCCACAAUAGAGGGUUUUCUUCCCCACGCGAAGGCAGGCAGAGAUGAGGUUAUAUGUCUGCUGAGUGGCAGCCUUCAGAUCGCUCUGUCAGAUCUUCUUUGUUUCGCCUUUUACUGAUUAUAAGCUAUGUUAGCUCUCGAUUUAAUGAUUUCGGUUGUCUUUUGUGUUUUGCACCCUUUGGCAUGUCGUCUCUUAAGAUUUGUCGGUUCAUGAAUUCUUGAAUGUUUUUGUUUAUCGGGAACUUUCUCUUAAAAGAAGAACUUCAUCAUUUAAGAGAUUCACGUUGAUGUUUCUUGUUUCGAAACACUCCCAGUCUGUCAAGGUCAACUCACAGGUUUCAUGAAUCAUUACCACAUUUAGUGUUUUUUUUUUUUUUUCUUCUUCAAAAUCUAAAGCCUACCACGGAAAAAUGGUGAGAGUCAAAGCAGUAAAUGAGUUCAGACCACUUCGUUGGAGUUAAAGGAGUUUUGGAUCUUGUGACUUUAAUAAAAAACGCAGAUGAAACGUAAAUAUUCAAACUGCCAAAAC